GGCCAGUUCACGGUACUGAGUUCCGACCAUCCAGGACAUUUGCCUCAGAACUGAAGUACUGACUUUGGAGUUGUGUCCGGCGCCGGGAUUGGCUUACGGUCCGCGAUCGUGCCUGCCUCCUCGCGUGCGGGAUCCCAGCGCUGUUUGCUUCUAGACCGUCAUCCAAGAGGUACAAGAACAGAUCGUCACCGUUCUUCAUGCCCAAAGUGUCAGGUCUACCGUGUUCAAUGACGACUUGUCGCGCGUGUAUGUAGGGGCCAUGGGUGUCGAGUCCCUCAAUGAAGACACACUUGCGCUCAUCGUCUCUCAUCUGGACUCGGCGGAUGCGCGCAAGUUAUCCUCCACCGCACAUCUCUUCUACACUACCGCCAGAGACCGUGCACUGGGAGAUGUGAAGAUUCACUCCUUCUCGAACGCCGUCAAGUUCUGCAACUACAUGCUGCGCGACAGGCACGACUGCCUGCCCUUGUUACGCACACUCAGGGUUCAAUGCAUCAUAGAAAACGCACAACGCUUGGCGCAACAAGAAAGCCGAUUCCACGAGCACUCUGAAGACGAGUACAGGGCCGGGGCGGUCCUCCUCGCGGACCUGCUGGAAGAAAUCCCCGAGAUACGAGUUUUGGUCCUGUACCAGGCGGAGGUCUGGAUGAUGUACGAACGCCGCAUCGUUACCAUCGUCUCAGCUAUGUGCUCGCUGGACGAACUCGAGUUCACGGACAUUGGUCCACAAGUCUCGGACACACUGCAUGAUCUCAAGAGUACCCCGCGGAAGCUGGCGCUCGCCAACGCGGACCGGGGGUCGCGCCGAGUCAAACUGGACUCGGACUUUGGUCGCAAGUGGCCCGGGUGGCCGCUCUGGUCGACGCUCAAGCCGGCGAACUCUGCUCCGCACAUGUGGCGGCUCGACCCAGAGGGCUUGUCCUUCCCAAGCGUACGCGUCCUCGCAGCUCACGCGCCGGGCAGCCUCCCGCCGUCUCCCGACCUCGCGCGCAUCUUCCCCAAUGUACGCGAGGUAGAUUUCGGGGACGGCGGGGCGACGACCCAUUUUCCCAUUUUCUGGGCCCCGGGACAGCAGCACCAGAGGGCGGUCGACUGGCCGACGCUGGAGACAGUCCACGCCACUGGGCUUGCGCUCAAAUGGUGGAAGAACGCGCAUCCGGUGCAUUGCCUCGAGCUGCUCAGCCCGCUGAAGAAAGUGGAUGAUCAGGAGACUGGCACGAGAGGGCUGAAUCCGGCGGCGGAGCGCGAGGACGCGCUGAUGGCGGCGAAGAACGUCCAGCCGGUCGCGCUGAUAGCGACUCUGAGCACCAGAUUGCGCGACAGAUACAUGAGGAGUCUCUUCACUUCAUCACGACGCUUGCGAUAUGUCUCUGCAGAAGUAUUGGAUGUCCGUCAGUUCCAGACUUGGUUGCCUGAUCUGCAACAGUGGUGGGGAUACGUCCAAAAGGCUUUGUCUCGAUACCCACGCGUUGUGUGCUUGAAAGUGCGCUGUUCAGUGUCGAGAGCCACAACCCUCGAGAAUCCUACACAGCAGACCAGUUUGGACCCCAUGGUCGGCCCAGUAUCCUACCCGGAAGCCCUCCAAACUGUUCUCGCGGCCUUGCCUCAGUGGGCUACCUCGAUCCCAACACUGCGCUACUUGUCCCUUGACCUAAGGUCAACAUCACCCACUUUACGAGAACACCACGGAGAUCAAGCGAAAUUUGAGGCUGAUGAGGAAGGAGACCUACAUUGGUGGCAAAUCGAUGGGGGUGUGAAUGAACGAAUGGCAAAACCGCUUGCCUCGUCACAGGGGGAACGUAUUGCUGCAUUCCUCUGUUCCUCGCGGUACGAUUGGCAGGCUGAGCUUGAUACCCAGUCUAUUGCCUGAGGAACAUCCGAUAUAUAACGUGCAUUGCUACGUGAAGAGCGCAUAUAUGCCAUUAUCCGUAUACCAAAGGUUCAUUCCACGUAUCUUACAUCCGCGACACGAACUUC